AUCAAAUAUUUCUAACACUUGCAGUUAUAAAAUUAGUUCAUUACAUAUUCAUAAUUAUUUUCACACAAAACAUGGCACAACUUCUCAAAUUAUGGAAACCAUUGCUGCGUUAUCCAAAACAUCAAACAGUACGACUUUUAUCUACCACGAAGGCAUAUUCAUCUGAUAUAAUGAGACCAGAACCGUGUCAGAGUGGGCGAAUGACAGAUAUUGGACUCAGAAGAAUUUUUGAAAGUGAACACGAUAUGUUCAGAGAAUCUGCUCGUCGUUUUUUUCAGGAACAAGUUGCUCCAUUUCAUGAGAAGUGGGAGGAAGCUGGAGAAGUUAGUCGUGAAUGCUGGGAGAAAGCGGGUGAAGCUGGAUUACUCGGAGUUGCAAUCCCUGCCGAGAAAGGAGGCAUAGGUGGAGACUGGCUGUCAGCAGCUAUUGUUCAUGAGGAGCAGGCAUAUACGAACUGUUCCGGUCCUGGAUUUGCUCUACAUUCUGAUAUAGUGAUGCCCUACAUCGUAAAUUAUGGCACAAAAGAACAAAUAGAAAAGUAUAUUCCAGAAAUGACAGCAGGAAAGAAGAUUGGGGCUAUUGCAAUGACAGAACCUGGAGCUGGCAGUGAUUUACAGGGUGUUCGUACAAAUGCAAAAAGAGAUGGUGAUGAUUGGAUUAUAAAUGGAAGUAAGACUUUCAUCACAAAUGGAUGGCAUUCAGAUGUUGUCAUUGUAGUUGCAAUCACUGACAGGGAUGCAAAAUCUGCAGCUCAUGGAAUCAGUUUAUUUCUUGUUGACGGUGAUGCUCCAGGCUUCAAAAAGGGUAAAAAGUUAAAAAAAAUUGGUUUGAAAGCACAAGAUACUGCUGAACUAUUUUUUGAAGAUUGUCGAGUGCCAUCCAGUGCUAUUUUAGGUGGAGAAGCAGGAAUAAACAAAGGUUUUUAUAUGCUAAUGCAAGAACUGCCACAAGAACGUUUACUCAUCGCAAACCUGUGCAUGGGAGCUUGUGAAUUCAUGUUUGAGGAGACUAGAGAUUAUGUGAAGCAAAGAAAAGCUUUCGGUCGCCGAAUCGCAGAUCUUCAAACUAUUCAACACAAAUUAGCUGAAUUGAAAACAGAAAUUGCGGUUGCACGUGCCUUCACUGAUAGAUGUAAUGAAUUGCACAAUGUAGGAAAACUAGAUUCUUCAACAGCUUCCAUGGCAAAGUACUGGGUCACUGAUCUAAAUAACACUGCCGCAUAUAGGUUCCUUCAAAUGUUUGGUGGCUGGGGCUUCAUGUGGGAAUACCCUAUUGCCAAAGCUUAUGUUGAUGCACGAGUACAAACAAUCUAUGGUGGAAGCAAUGAAAUUAUGAAAGAGCUUAUUGCGAGGCAAAUAGUGAAGGACUAAAGAGACUACUGUACAAUAUAUUGCAUUUAAAAGAGUAUUAGUCAAGAUAAUUUUUGUUUAAACAAAAAAGUGGUUCCUCCAACUUUGUGUUUUUGACAUGUAUUUAUUAUUAAUAUUAUUUUUCAAAAUUGGAUUAAAUUUUUUUGUAAUCAUUCACUAUUAUUGCAUACACUAUACACAUUUCUACUUUGUUCUACAAUGCGAUACCUUUAUCAUAAUAUACACAUGAAACUUAAAACAUGAUACCUUGCACAAAUGUGACCUUAGGCCUGAUAUAAUUUAUAUUAUUUUUGUUGACCUCAUCUGUUUCUACGGGAGUUUCAUAUUAACAAAGAGUUCCAUACUGGUA